CCUAGGAAUCUCCACGUAAGCUCUUGCACCCCGCCGCAUAGGAUACAAUCUCCCCACCUUUCACCCCAAACUCGGAUUUUAUUGUUUUCUUGUUAAGAAUCCGAUCAAAAAUCAGAAACAAAACCGAGAAAAAGAGGCUGUUCCACCGCUUCCAUCCGCCGCUGCAUAUCAACAUACACGCACUUUGUAUUAUAGCCACAACCAGUAAUUAUCAUCUAUGGGUGGAAAAAGCAGAAAAAAACUUAACAAAUCAAGCAGCCGGGGACGAAGGGCUCCCGGUUCUUCUUCCGCCGGCGGGCGUGGCCUCUUCGUGGAAGGUGGAUUUUUGUCAGAUUGGGGCCCGUUCAAUUCGCCUCCUUCUAGAGGGCGGAAGAGGAAUAAUGGGGGAAAUGGGAAUUCGAGAUCCGGAAAUGGCAAAGGAAGCAAUUCUCAUUCGAAAUCAUGGCCGGGUCCGGAUCGCAGGAGCGAGACUAAUACGAGUAGAAAUAAUGCUUAUGGGUACCAGUAUCCACAGGAAAAUUCAUUUGUAGAUGAAGUUGAAAAUCAAGACAAGAUUUUUGAUGCAUCAAAUCCUUUAGUCUUGAUCAGUUCAGAGAAGACUCCUAUUGUUGCCUACCUAGAUGAGGGACCCGUUAAGGAAACUCCUAGUGUAGAAUACAUGUAUGACUACACAACUAGCUUUACACUUGAUGAAAGCUCACACAGAGGGUUGGGGUUUUAUGAUGAAAUGGAAACAACUGUUGAUGGUAUAGGAUCCUCAUCCAAAAUGGAAGAGAAAGACAGUGAUUCUGAUAACUUAUCUUCAUCUGAGGUAGGUGAUGUUGAUCCUGAGGCUUAUCAUGGCACAAAUUCUGAAAUAGGUGAGGAUAUGAUGGCUGAGAUGUCUCCAGAGGAAAAUUCAGGUUAUCUGCUAAUUGGAGGCACUAAAAUAUAUACACAUGAUAUCUCGGAUGAGGAUGAUGAGGGUGAAGAAGAAGAUGAAGAAUCAAGUGAUGAUGAUGCAUCAGGAUCAUCUCUCGAUGAAGAUGAUUCUGGAACUUCUGAGAAUGAUGAUUUGUCAUAUAGUGGUUCAGACAUCGAUGAUGAGCUUGCUGAAGAUUAUAUUGAAGGAAUUGGUGGGUCUGGAAAAUUCAUCAAUGUGGAUCAGCUGACGGGGCAAAUUUUUGAUGUGUCUGAUGGGAGCAGUUCUGAAAACAGCUUUGAUGAAACUCUGCAGAAGUUGGGUGGGAUUGAUCUUCAAGAGGCGUCAAGGGAGUAUGGCAUGCAAAAGCCUGAACAAGGAAGAAAAUAUCAAUCAGCAAAAACAAAAUCAACUUCUGUUAAAUAUUCCCAGCCAUCUGCUGCAGACGACCUAUUGUUUAUUAAAGAUAUUAGAGCUGUUUCUGGAAAGAAAAAACAUGUUGCUCGAGCUCUGCAGACAUGGCCUUCUGAGGCUCGCAAGAGCAAAAAACAUAGGAGAUUGCCGGGAGAAAAAAAGAAACAACGUAAGGAAACGAUUGCAGCAAAGCGUCGCGACCGACUGAUGAGCCGUGGUGUAGAUCUUCAGAAGAUAAAUUUGAAAAUGCAACAGAUGGUUCUUAAUGGUGGAGAUAUGCUAUCCUUCAUGCCAAUGUACCCACGUGAUUGUUCUCAGGUUCGUAGAUUAGCUGCAAUCUAUCGCUUGCGAAGUGGGUGCCAAGGAUCCGGCAAGAAGAGGUUUGUGACUGUGUUACGUACACAGCACACAUCAAUGCCAUCAUCCAAUGAUAAAAUUCGCCUGGAGAAGCUGAUAGGAGCUGAUGAUGACGAAGCUGAUUUCUCGGUUGUUGGUGGUAAGCCUGUCAAGGGACAUACAUCCGCUGCAAAGAAGAACGCCAGAGUUGGCAUUUCCAUCCCUGCGGGCUCACAAACUUCCCGGAGAAAACCAAGCAAAAACUCAGCUACCUUCCUCGAUAGCAAGGAUGGAAAAAGGAACAAGACAGGUAAAACAGGCUCUUAUUCCGCCCAGCCCCUUUCUUUCGUCUCUAGUGGUGUCAUGAACACCGAUAUACUUGAGCUGAAAGCCACUGAAUCAAGCGAAACAAAAGACAAAGCUGUGUCCAACUCAGUAGAAUACGGUGCAUUUGAGAUUCACACCACUGGGUUUGGCUCGAAAAUGUUGGCUAAGAUGGGAUAUGUGGGAGGCAACGGCCUAGGUAAGGACGGUCAAGGAAUUGCACAGCCCAUUGAAGUGUCUCAGAGGCCUAAAUCACUUGGAUUGGGCGCGGAGGUUCCUGAAACUAGCGUUAAAUCUCCAACCACAGCACCUCAGACCAAAUCAGCUGGGCGUGGUGGUGCCAGGUCUUCUGAAACCAAUCGUAAAGCAGUGAAGAUUAAGGAGAGAAAUCAGCAGGAGAGUAAGAUGGGUUCGUUUGAGAAGCAUACGAAGGGAUUUGGGUCGAAAAUGAUGGCGAGGAUGGGUUUCGUGGAAGGCAUGGGACUGGGCAGGGACGCUCAAGGGAUUGUCGAUCCUUUGAGUGCAGUCAGGCGCCCACGAUCAAUGGGGUUGGGCUGCGCUUCGAGGUGAAAACUCUUUCGUCGCUAUUUGUCAAAAGGGGGAAAACCUCCUUCCCUCUCGUCUAAUUUAAGCUUGUAGUUCAACUCAAAGCAUCACUUCAUGCACUGAUUAUAAUUAAUAAGACCAUGAAUUAUAGAAUGUACUUUGUAACAGAACAACAACCAAGGAAGAAGGGAUUAGGGCAAACUAAUGACUAUGAUGUUUCUUUAGUUU